CAGAGAAAGAGGUUAAUUGAUAGAGAGAUAAUGGGAGGAAGUAGUUCAAGUGAUGAGAAUGAUGUUGCAGAUUUUACUUAUAUCCAGUUUGGAGAAUUCCGAGGCCUGAUUCGAUUGCCUAAGACAUCAUCAACUCCAACUCUCAACGAAGAUGAAGAUGAAGAUGAUGAAAUCAUCAAUGAAAAAGAGAGACUCAAUGAAGAUGAAGAUGAUGGAAAAGUGAAAGAGAGUGUUGUUUCGACUCCCUACAAACCAACUGCUAACUACUCAUCAACAGAAUCUGAUAGGGAUUCCGAGGCGCCACACAAUGGAGAUGCAUUACCCGACCAGCCCAACGCGGAGCCAGAAAACAGCACGGAGGCAGACAACGGGUUUAUCUUUCUUUUGAUCUCAUUACAAAUGUGUGUGCUCAAUCCCGAAGUUCUAUCAGAAUCAAAACAAAACUGA